AACUGAACAACCGUUUGGUCGCUACGUGUCUCCCUUCGCGACUGAAUCAGCUUCCUUCCUCCGGAGGAGUAGCGCAGCGGGCGGCAAUAAAUAUCAGAGUAGAGCCCGAUUCAAACAUGGGGGAAAUAACUAAACCUCGGCGCAUAUUCCUGUGGUGCAUGGCGGCCACCUACCUGGCGGCCUUUGUUUCCGUCUAUUUGCAGAUACCAGGUCUGUAUGGGAACGACGGGCUGCUGCCUGCACGCUGGCAGCUGCGGUACACUGGGAAGCCUCUGCUGGAACAGAUGCUGUCCUCUCCCACGCUGCUGUGGCUGGGACCCCGGCUCGGCCUGGACACCCAGACCACCAUGGAGCUGCUGUGUCUCAUCGGGGCUGUGCUGAGCCUCGCUGCCACACUGACGGAGGCUUUCAGGGACAGCCUGGUGUUUUUCUGCCUGUGGGUCUUCUAUCUGUCCCUGUACCAAGUAGGUCAGGUUUUUCUCUAUUUCCAGUGGGACAACCUGCUGUUGGAGACGGGGUUCCUCUGUAUCCUUGUUGCUCCGCUGACAUUAAUCAGGGGCUCCAGGGCGGUCCGGGAGCACGAUCGGGUGACCUUUUGGCUGAUUCGCUGGCUGCUCUUCAGGCUGAUGUUCGCCUCUGGCGUGGUGAAGCUGACAUCACGAUGUCCCACGUGGUGGGGUCUCACAGCUUUGACGUAUCACUAUGAGACACAGUGUAUCCCCACGCCUCUGGCCUGGUUUGCACACCAGUUGCCAGUCUGGUGGCAGAAGCUGAGUGUGGUGGGAACCUUUGUUAUAGAGAUCCCCGUACCUUUACUGUUCUUCAGUCCGCUGCGCAGGCUGCGACUCGGAGCUUUUUACAUGCAGGUGUUUCUUCAAGUUCUCAUCAUUCUCUCUGGGAACUACAACUUCUUCAACCUGCUGACCUUGAUCCUCUGUCUGUCUCUCCUGGAUGAUCAGCAUGUUAAUUUUUGGCUGCGGAAGACGGACAAGAGCAAAGCAAAGAGCGACGACUCCAGUCUGCUGUCGUGGCUGUGUUACCUGUUGGAGAUGGUUGUGUGGUCUCUGCUGAUCUACGGAACAAUCCUCUGCUUCGAUCUGCAGGUGGAUACAAUGAAGAACGGCAUCUCGUCCCGUACAGCCUUCACCUACCACCAGUUCAACACAUUUCUGAAGAGUGUCACCAUCCCCUGUGUCUGGAUUGGUGUCCUCUCUCUCACCUGGGAGAUGGUCACUUCCAUGUUCAGGUGUGCUUGUGUUUCUGGUUUCUUGAAGAGGUUUGGGAGGAUGGUGCAGUGGAUGGUGUUCGCUGCUGCUGCCGCUGCCAUGUUUGCUGUCAGUUUGGUUCCGUUCACCUACAUGGAGCACAACUCUAACGCCAGGCUGUGGCCAGGCGUGCGUCAGGCCUACGAGGUGGUGGAUCGCUUCCAGCUGGUCAACUCGUACGGCCUGUUCAGGAGGAUGACCGGAGUGGGUGGGAGGCCAGAGGUCGUCAUUGAGGGGAGCAGCGAUGGGGUCACGUGGACGGAGAUUGAGUUCAUGUAUAAGCCGGGGAACCUGAGUGUGCCUCCUCCUGUCGUGACUCCUCACCAGCCCAGGUUGGACUGGCAGAUGUGGUUCGCCGCUCUGGGGCCUCACACGCAGGCUCCGUGGUUCACCAGUCUGAUGUACCGACUGCUGCAAGGCAAAAGAGACGUGAUUGAGCUGAUCCAGGCGGACGUAUCCAAGUAUCCGUUUCAGCAGCAGCCGCCUGCCUACCUCCGAGCUCACCGCUACAGAUACUGGUUUACUGAACCCAAGGCUGACGGAUCUUAUCCACAGCGUUGGUGGAGGAGGGUUUAUGAUGAGGAGUUUUAUCCCGUGGUGCACCUGGGCAGCAGUUUUCUGGAGAGCAUGCUCAACCAGUUUGGACUGAAGGACAAGUCGUCUCCUCGUCGUGUUUCCAACACCACUGUUGCUCAGGUGGUGAGGUGGGUGCGACCUCAGUUCGAAGGCGUUCCUGCCCCUGCACUAAUCUGGACCCUCAUCGCCUGCAGCGCCACCUUUUGUCUGCUCCGGGGGUUGCACACUAGGAAUAAACUCGCAGGACUGACGUCAUCGUCUCCUGAGGAAGCUAAGAAGAGCGAUCACAUGGAAGCUGCUGCCUCCUCAGACCACCUCGAGAAAACGCAGGAGCAGCAGACAGAAGAGGAGGAAGAGAGUGCAGAGAACAUAGAAGACGAGGCGGAAAGGAAGGAGAAAGACGGUGUUUGUGAGGACGAGGAUCAGGAAGAGGAGAGGAUGGAAAGUGAUGAAAACUGAACGUUUUUAACAAGCUGCAGGGAAUCUUGUUGGAGACUGAUCACCGUCUGCCUUCAUAAAAUGACACCAAAUACCAAA